CGCCUUCUGUACUGUGUAAACCCCUUAGCCUUCUCCGAUCGAAUCUUCUUACACAAUCUUCAUCUCCGACAUGCCUCCCAAGAAGAAGGAAUCAGAAGGCAUUGCUUUGCUUUCCAUCUAUGGCGACGAGGACGACGAGAUGGAUGAUUACCUAGACGAUGAAAGCGAUGAAGAUGAGGAUCAGAUCCAAAACGACGCGGAGAACGAGCUCGGCGAAGACGACGAUAUGAGAAUCGCGGGCUCGGAUUCGGGCAAGAGUGCAUCUCCAUCUCCGUUACCACAACAGCAGCGGCGGAAUCGUCGAGUGGGAGUGGAUAAUCUUACGCCUGGUAAGAUUUCAAAUUUUGGGGGUUCUGCUACUACCACACCGCACCUCUCUUUCGCUUCCCCGCCGCAGUGGCAACAACAAGGUGUUGCUUCCGAGGCGGCUGUGAGUAGAAGUAGACUUACGAUUGUCGAUUAUGCCCACGAUGAGGUCGCCAUGUCUCCUGAAGCUGAGGAAGGAGAAAUCAUGAUUAGUGGUCAAUCACAGGAUGCAGAGGAACUACAAACUGUUAACGCUGAAUCACAAGUUAAAAGUCCACCGGGCACUCUUUGGGGCCAUACACCAAGUGUUCAAACACCUCAAACUCAAUCAUUGGAGACAAGUGCUGAUGAAGCUGAAGAUGUUGAUAUGGUUCCUGCAGAAGAAAAAGGGGAAGAUACACUAGAUAAGUUUCUUCCACCACCACCUAAGGCCAAGUGCUCUGAUGAAUUGCAAGAAAAGAUUAUUAGGUUUCUUGCACUAAAGAAAACUACUGGCAGAAGCUUUAAUGCAGAAGUGCGAAAUAGAAAGGACUAUAGAAACCCUGAUUUCUUGCGGCAUGCAGUGCAAUAUCAAGGCAUUGAUGAGAUAGGGUCCUGCUUCAGUACUGAUGUAUUUGACCCACAUGGAUAUGAUAAAUGUGACUUCUAUGAUGAAAUAGAGGCUGAUAUGAGGCGUGAAAUGGAGAGGAAGGAACAAGAAAGGCGGAACAGUCAAAAAGUUGACUUCAUUUCUGGAGGAACACAGCCUGGAGCUGUUACUAUGCAGAAACCCAACCUGCCAAUUCCAGGUCUUGUAGCUGGUAGUGGAUUGAGUGCAGCACCAACUUCUGUCGAUGCUAUACCUCGGGACAGCAGACAGAACAAAAAGUCUAAGUGGGAUAAGGUGGAUGUUGAUCGAAGGGAUACAAUAUCUGCUGUUGGUGCACAUGCAGCACUGUUAUCUGCUGCAAAUGCUGGUAGUGGAUAUGCUGCUUUUGCGCAACAAAAACGGAAGGAAGCAGAAGAGAAGCGAUCUAGUGACAAGAAGUUGGAUAGAAGAUCUUGACAAUUCAAUUCUGCACCAAUGUAUUCAGAAGACACACUUGAAAGAUGUAUUAUGUCAAUACUGAUCCCCAACACAACAAUCCUUAUCUUAUGAUUUGUGCCUGGAAAUGAGAUGUACAUAUUGUCAGCCAUAUGUGAGAAGGUUUUGAAGUGAAAUACAUAAAUGUGAUCUUCGAAACUCUUCCUCUUAGCUUUAGUUUAUCCUCUGUUUUGAAUGUAGAAGAUUUUGAGUAUGACUUAAGUUUAAUCUUGAAUGGUGUUAAUGCCAAGUUUAAUCAUCGAGUUUAA